AUGACGGUCAUUUGCCAGACCUUCAGGUCACAACUGUUGGCACAAACUACACAUAACGACAACCCACUCCUUUUCAUGACAAAGUUGGAGUGCCUGUGUUUUCCUUGCAGUAACGAGAAGGACCGGGCGAAAGCCCCCGUGAAGAAGAAGGAGGACCCGAGUGCCAUCAAGGAGCGGGAGGUCCCCCAGCACCCCUCUUGUUUGUUCUUCCAGUAUAAUACGCAGUUGGGCCCCCCUUACCACAUCCUGGUUGACACUAACUUCAUCAACUUCUCCAUCAAGGCCAAGCUGGACCUAGUGCAGUCAAUGAUGGACUGUCUCUAUGCCAAGUGUAUUCCAUGUAUCACAGAUUGUGUAAUGGGUGAAAUUGAGAAGUUAGGACAGAAGUACCGUGUGGCAUUAAGAAUUGCCAAGGACCCUCGGUUUGAACGCUUGCCAUGUAUGCACAAAGGAACCUAUGCAGAUGACUGCUUGGUACAGAGGGUCACUCAGCACAAAUGUUACAUUGUGGCCACGGUGGAUAAAGAGCUCAAGCGGAGGAUUCGAAAAAUCCCAGGAGUGCCUAUAAUGUAUAUUUCCAGGCACAGGUACAAUAUUGAGAGGAUGCCAGAUGAUUAUGGAGCUCCUCGAUUCUAACCUGUCCAGCCAAGCCAUCGAUGCCACGACUCUGAGCCAGGAUAAGGGUCCUUCUGGUUCCAACCCUCUUGCUUUCUUUUUUGCUGGGACUCUGUGCAUAGGACUGUGGGUGACAUUGGCCUGACUUCAUAGCCUUGAUCUUCUAAGAAAAAGCUAUUUGGAAGAGCCUGUUGUUACUCAUCCUUGUUCUGACUUGGCCUGAUUACCUAUAGCUGGGAGAAGUAUAUGGGAAAGAGAGGACAGCAGUGCCCAGAACAGGCCAUAUUUCAUUGGGAUCAUUGGAAAAAGUGACUUUAGCAUUCUGAAUUAAAUAUUGGUGAUGCAGCCCUGGCUGAGAAUGAAACUACAGAAAUUUUAGAAGUUUUAUUGCUGCACUGCAGCAGGACAAGUAUUCCUCUGGGAAACUUCCUCACACCUCUCCGACGAGCAAAUUGGAAUCUGCGUUUUGGACAAAAGCCAUCAAAUCUGCACCAGUUGGCAUGCCCUUCUCUGGACCAGUGGUCUGGAAGAUUUUAAUUCAGAAUUGAUGGGUUUUUAUUCAACUGUACAAUGAAUGAAGUUGGGUUACAUGUCCUGCUGAGAUUCCUGUGUCUGUACUGGGUUAGCUGGCAGCUCGGGCCUUUUGCUUUUAUGCAGAACGAUGGUGGGAGGGCAGGGUUGGGUCAGGGCAGACCUCUCCCUUUUGUCUGCUUUGGCACUUGUGCACCUCAAAGCCUCAUCCUUUUCAUUAGGUGUCAGGGAAGAGGAGGA